UGGCGUUCGGGAUUUUCAGUAAGACAGGAGGAUAGGAACCUGCAGUUAACAGUUUUGCGGCAGGUGUAAGUAGCGAUCUGGGUUUGCGGCUGUGUUAGGCAAAUCGGGGCUGUUGGACUGCGUUAGGGAAAGUGACACUGUGUUGGGCACCAUGACAGUGGUGUAAGGGAAAGAACACGCAGGCACCGUAACACCCGCCCUCCUUUCUGAAGUCUGGAGCUCACUGACAGCCGGGGGCCUGGUGAUCUAAGGAAAAAGACAACUCUCAAAAUCUGAAGUGCAUAUGUUCUGAUUGGAGAAGCAUGUGGAUGGCAAGGAAGAGAUCCCUAUAACUUACUGCUACUGAAGCAAGAUUGGAUCUCAAAUGAUGAACCCUUUUUGGAAUAUGUCAUCCGCUUCUGUUCGCAAGAGAUCUGAGAAUGAUGAGAAGAUUUCAACAGGAGACCAAAAGAUAAGCCCGCCUCGUUCUUCUUCUGCCAAGAAACAGCUUCCUCCUAUACCCAAGAAUGCAGUUCCUAUCACAAAGCCCAUAUCCCCAUCCCUAUCUGUACAGUCCACAAAUGGGACUCACGCAUCUUAUGGUCCUUUUUAUCUGGAGUACUCCCUUCUAGCAGAGUUCACAUUGGUGGUAAAGCAGAAGUUGCCUGGUGUUUAUGUGCAGCCUUCAUAUCGCUCAGCAUUGAUGUGGUUUGGAGUAAUAUUUAUAAGACAUGGACUUUACCAGGACGGCGUAUUUAAAUUCACAGUUUAUAUCCCGGAUAACUACCCUGAUGGCGAAUGUCCGCGGCUCGUGUUUGAUGUCCCAGUCUUCCACCCUUUAGUUGAUCCAAUUUCUGGAGAGCUGGAUGUUAAACGCGCGUUUACAAAAUGGAGGAGAAACCAUAAUCACAUAUGGCAAGUGCUGAUGUAUGCACGCAGAAUAUUCUAUAAAAUAGACACUACCAGUCCACUGAAUCCAGAAGCUGCUGUAUUAUACGAGAAGGAUGUUCAGCUGUUCAAGAGCAAGGUGGUAGACAGUGUUAAACUAUGCAACAGUCACCUGUUUGACCAGCCUAAAAUAGAGGAUCCCUAUGCAAUUAUUUUCUCUCCCUGGAACCCAGUACUGCACGAUGAUGCCAGAGAAAGAAUGUUAGCACAAAAAAAGAAGUCAGAAGAGCAAAGCAAAGGUCUCCAUGUUUCUGGCCUGUCUUGGGUGAAGCCUGGCUCUGUUUUACCCUUCAGCAAAGAGGAGAAUUCAUUGCAGACCUAGUGAUCUUGGGAACAGUAGCCCAACAGGUGGGCUCAGUUAAUGGCUAGUACUGGCACUGACUUUAUGGAAGAGCGAGUACCUCACAGACUCUCAAGAUUUGGUGUUUUUUUCCCCCUUAAAGUUGGAUUUUUACCAUGAAUUUGCAUUUUAACUCCUGAAAAUAUAGGAUUUUUUUUGUUUUGAUUUUUAAAUUCCUUUACUGAUCAGACAUGUUGAAAAGUGAGUUAUUUUAGCAGCAGAGCCCGCUUUCCUUCCCUCAUACUACUAUUGCAGUGGCGUGUUUGGCUUUGCUUGUGACUUCUGAGCUGGGAAGCCCAUGUGACUGACACUUUCAAAAGACUUGGGUCACUAAAUCAGAGGAGGGGCCUGGAGUACAAAAAGGAAAGUCUAUGCUCAUUAUACACUAAAUAAGAUCUGUAGUAUUUAACAGUUUUAAAUGCCUUUUUUUGUAAAUACGGUUAGUAUAAAUAAUUUGUAUAUAUCUUGUUUAAUAAUUCCACAUCUAGCACUUUGUGGGGAAUGCGGGCGUUUAUGGUUUUGAAACUGUGGUCUUAAGAUACUCUGGCACUUUAACCCCUGUAGGGAAGCACAGCUAAACUCUACUGUUGGUAAGUGUUAAAGGAGCAGACACUAUUUUUGUCACUGAAGCACACAUCAGUCUAAAUAGGAAAACAAACCGAUAAACUGCCUUUUCUUUUUUUAAAUGAUCACGUCCUCCAAACUGUUUUUAUUUGGUUACAGCUAAUAAAAUGACUCCAUUGGGCAUAUUGUAGGAUUCCCUUUUAUUCACACAGAUCCCUCUGCAGUGACUAAUGUGUGUUAUUCAAGUGACCAAGUGCAGAUGUUAUUACACUAACAUGGUAACAUUUAUUGCUGUCUGUUUGCAUUCUCACACACAAACCUAAUGUAGCAUUGCAUUGGAUAAAUUAAUUAAGCAAAUAUAAGCUUUAAGUUGCUGUCUCCAUGGGGUUCAGCUAUGCAGCCCAAAUAAAUCCAAUAGCCUCUGAAUGGUGUUGCACCAACCACUAAUGCUGCUGGCAAGCAAUAUUUUCAUGCUUUAUACAUGCAAGCUAUGUUACUUUCCAUAAACUACUGUUUUGCAUUUUCAAUGAGGUUUCUUAUUAGCCUACUGUUCGAAUGGUGAUUCAAAAUCCCAAACUUGGAAUAAAGGAUUCUAAAGCCCAGCAA